AUGCCUGAAGCUGAGCCUGUGGCCACGCCAGCAGCUCUGUGUCAUCGUAGUAGCAGCAGCAAAGAGAGCAGCUGCAGCAUGUGCUGCUUGCAUGCGGGUAGAGCACCCUCCGUGGGGUCUCCUCAGUGCAGCAGCACCUACAGCCUGCAAGACGCAGCAACAACAGGCAGCAGCCACAGCAGCAACAGGCGCAGCAGCAGCAACUGCUGCUUCUGCUCGCAAAGGAGUUCCUCUCUCUCCCGCCUCAAUACAGCAAGCACCGUAGCCACCAGCAGCAGCAGCAGCAGCCCUCAGCAGGUCUUAUCCUUAGGCGACUCCUUCUCCCCGACUUCUUACUCACCAUCCAGUGCAGCAGCAGCAACAGCAGCAGCAGCAGCAGACGUGAAUGAGAAGGGCCCAUGUGCUGCGACAGGUGAUUUAUCUCCUUUGCAUUCUUCGGCGUUCAGCGCAUCUUCCGUUCCCCCUUCGCUGCAUGCAGCAGCAGCAGCAGCAGCAACAGCAGCAGCAGCAGCAGCAGCCACAGCAGCAGCAGCAGCAGCAGACGAAUGCGUCAGUUGCUGCAUCUCCCAAACAGCAAAAGGGCUCGGAGAAAGUGCUGCUGCUGCGCACUUGCCGUGGCUGCCGAGGUCACUUGCUGCUCCCAGCAGCUGCAGCAGCAGCAGCAGCAGCAGCAACAGCAGCAGCAGCAGCAGCUACAUAGGCGACCACAACAGAUACACCAGAGCCCCAGGCAGUGCCCAUAGAAAUCUCCGGUGCUGCUGCUUUGUCUCUCCUUUAGGAGGAGACACAGGAGACGUCGAUGCGGGGCCUUCAACUCCAGCAGCAGCAGCAGCAGCAGCAACAGCAGUAACAGCAGCAACAGCAGUAACAGCAGCAACAGCAGUAACAGCAGUAACAGCGUCAGCAGCAACAGCAGCAACAGCAGCUAAUCGCAGCAGCAAAGAGCAGCGGGUGGCAUCUGCCUAUCUACGGCCGCCCCCCGUAAAUUUGGGCGGCUGUAUGCCAACUCAAAUGCAGCAGCAGCAACAGCAGCAGCAACAGCAGCAGCAUCAGCAGCAACAGCAGCAGCAGCAGCCUGGAGCAGCAGCAGACGAACAACAACUGCUGCUGCCGAUCCCAGCGAGGCGCGCUGCUGCUCCCCUGCAGUCUUUUCACAGUGGAUGGCCUAGACAGGUCUCUCCUCAGCAGCAGCAGCAGCAGCAGCAGCAGCAGCAAGAUGCAGCAGCAGCAGAACAGCUCACCAGCGGCCCCGAGUCUCCUUGCAGAGGCAUUGCGAAGCAUGUCUCCUUUGGGAGUCCCCUUGUUGUCCAGGUGUAUGAAUAUGCUUCCCCAGAGGGCUCUGGAGGAGCGAGCAGCAGCAGCCCCCCAUCCCUCUUCGAUGUCUCUGCACAGCAGCAGCAGCAGCAGCAACAGCAGCAGCAGCAGCAACAGCAGCAGCAGCAGCAGCAACAGCAGCAGCAGCAACAGCAGCAGCAACAGCGCAGCGCAUACGCUGCUUCGCCGUCUCCCUCACGCAUUAGCUCAGGCGUAUACCCAAUGCCCUCCAACGGCGAGCCACCGCAGCAGCAGCAGCAACAACAACAACAAGCGCAGCGACAGCAGCAACAGCAGAAGCAGCAGCCACAGCAGCAGCAGCAACAGCAGCAACAGGUAUUUUUGUCUUUUCAGGCCUCGGGGUCUCCCCGCAGUUUGCGCCGUCAUCGCGAUUGGUCUCCCCCUUCAGCUGCUGCUGCUGCAGGAGAGCAGCAGCAGCAGCAGCAACAGCAGCAGGACGAGAGGAGAAAAGCCCGCCAGCCGCCGUGGACAGGUAGCAACAGCAGCAGCGGAAGCAGCAGCAGCAGCAACGAGAGCUGCGCAUACACCUCAAAUGAUGGCGUCAACAGCCCAGUGGAUUGCUUCACAUACAGACACGCAGAUCGUGCUGCUGCUGCUGCUGCUGCUGUUAAUGGCCAGCUUCGGUCUUACGCAGAGCGGCUUGCAGCAGCAGCAGCAGCAGCAGCUGCUGCCGCUGCUGCUACUGCUCCGGCUGCUGCAGCACCAGCGGGACCAACUGCUCCUCCAAGCAUCCUGCAGAGUGAUGCAGCAACAGCAGAGAAAGAUUUAGCAGCAGCAGCAGCAGCUACUGCUGCUACUGCGGCUGAGGAUCGUGCUGCUGCUGCCAAUACGGGGACGAACGCAGCAGCAGCAGCAGCAGCAGCAGCACCAGCAACAGCAGCAGCAACAGCGGCAGGGGGACCCAUGAAGAUUAGCAAGCUGCACGAAAGCAGAAGCAGCAACAACGCUCACCUGCAGCAGCAGAAGCAGCAGCAGCAGUGUUGUUAUAACGCAGCGAACGCAGCAACGAGUGCUGGUGCGUCAACAGCAGCAGCAGCAGCACCCGAAGCCACAUAG